AUGAAGUCGGAACAACCGACAACAAAGAAAGAGAGGAAAUUAAUGAAUGGGUGUGAAAAAAUUUUUCACAAGCUUUCCCAGUUGAUCAACGAAAUUGAUGAAAUGGACAAGAAAAUCGAAAUGAUGGAACAAUGUGCCACAGCAAGAACGGCUCGCUCGCAAGGAAAACAAUCCUUAAACGCUUUUAUCGGGAUGCACAGUUAUGAAAAA